CGGUACGACGAUGUAUACGGGGGCAUUGUAGAGGAGGGGAUGUCUCGCGUCCCACGAUAAAGUCUUUCGUUCCUCCACGGCUACUAUUCAAGACAGAGGCUCAGUCAUCGCGCGAAAGUUCUCCGGAGUCCUUCGGAUUGAAAUCGUUGCGUUCCGCUCAAUUAUCUAGCAUUUGAACCUUGGGUCGAGAUGACGGGAGACUGGAGGACCAUCUUUGUGACCGGAGGCGCCGGUUACAUCGGCAGUCAUUGCAUCGUCGAGCUUCUGGAGUGCGGAUACGACGUGGUAGCCAUAGACAACUUUGCAAACAGCGUGACAGAAAUUGAUGGUGAAUCCGCGGCGCUUAAGAGGGUCGAGCAAAUAACAGGGAAGAAAGUGACGUUCUACAAUUGCGACCUGCUCGACAGAGAAAAACUCGAAUCCAUCUUUAACAAGCACAAAAUAGAUUGUGUGAUACAUUUCGCGGCUAUCAAAGCAGUCGGUGAAUCAAUGCAAGUUCCGCUUCAUUACUAUCGGAACAACAUAAUCGGUGCUAUCAAUCUGCUAGAGGUGAUGAAAGCGGCUGGCUGUUUUCAAUUAGUAUUCAGUAGCUCUUGCACGGUGUACGGCGAGCCUACAGAACUGCCAAUCACGGAAAAUCACGAAACCGGUAAUAUCACCAAUGUGUACGGCCGUACGAAGUACUUCAUCGAGGAAAUGCUAAAGGAUAUAUCUAGAGCUGAAAAGAGUUGGAACAUUAUAUCCCUAAGGUAUUUCAACCCGGUAGGUGCUCACAGUAGCGGAUUAAUCGGAGAAGAUCCAACAAAACCAUUUACGAAUCUGAUGCCGUAUAUUGCUCAAGUUGCCUUGAGGCACAAGCCGGAAUUGAUUAUAUUUGGUGGAGACUAUCCUACGAAAGAUGGCACAGGUAUUCGUGAUUACAUUCACGUUAUGGAUCUAGCGGCUGGUCACGUGGCGGCACUAAACGCUUUGCAUAAAGAGCAUCUCAGGCUAAAGAUUUACAACUUAGGUACCGGCAAGGGUGUAUCUGUAUUGGAAUUAAUAAAGACGUUUGAGAACAUCACUGGCACUACUGUGCCAUACAUCAUAAAAGAAAGGAGAGAAGGUGACAUAGUAUCUAUGUAUGCUAAUACAGAUCUGGCAAAGGAAGAACUAGGAUGGACAACAAAGUACAACGUCGAGCAAAUGUGUCAAGACUUUUGGAGGUGGCAAACGAUGAAUCCACAUGGUUAUCGAACUUUGUUAAAGAACGGUAUCAAUGAACAUUUAAACGACAUAUCAUAACGACGAAUUGUAUUGAACAGAUUAUACACAAACGAAAUUUGUAAUAAAGAAUCGUAAUAUCGUUAUAAAA